AUGAGACGAAGAAGCUUUCUAUCCGUGGCUCUUGUAGUAUGUGGGCUUGUGCCUGGAAUUCAAGAGGUAUCCUGCCAGUUUUGGUCUCGAGGCGCAAAGGAUGUUGAGAAAGGAGACGCUGAAGGCGGCAGCCAAAAAGGCGUGAAAGGCGAGGGUAAACCCAAGUCGAGCUCGCGAGAUCAUCCCGAGGUCAAACUUUCCAAUGGCAACAUGAUGCCACUUGUUGGCUUGGGGGUAGGAAACUUACAGCAUUAUAUGGUGCCACUCAUGGUAGCAGGUGCAAUACAGGACGACAAGAAAACUCGACUAUUCGACACAUCACAUAUUAGUGACAAUGAGCACUUGGUAGCAGAGGGUAUCAACCAAGGCAUCGAAAGGGUAUUAGGCCAAGACCGAAUAGUGACAAUACAUGUUGUCACUAAGGUCUGGUAUACCUAUUUAGGAUAUGAACGAACAAAAAUCUCAAUCCGAGAAUCCUUCGAAAGUCUGAAGGAAGCCAUGGAUAAUCCUCGAGUUGACGUGAAAGUCCACAUUCUGUUGCACUGGCCUCGAUGUUACGAGAAUAUAUCUUGGAUGAGCUGCUCAGAAGAUGAAACUCGAAUGCCAGAUCAUGUCCGAAGUGCAGGACCUCCCCCUCAUGAAGACAAGGACAACGCAUGGAAAGGGAGCUGGAAAGCAUUGGAAGAAGCAUAUCUUUCAGAUGAAUAUUCCAUCGAGAGCAUUGGUGUCGCCAAUUUUCACUUGAAAGACAUGAAGGAAAUCAAGGAAUCUGCGACAGUGCAACCUCACAUAUUGCAGAUCAAUGUUUGGUCACUUCUCUACGAUCCCCUGCUGAUGGACUACUGCCACAAACACGGGGUUCAUGUCCAGGUUUAUAACGUCCUCAAUGGAAUUCUCACAGAUCCAGAAAGGGCUCCCAAUGCAUAUCAUCAUUUGCAAAAAAUAGCAUCUGACUUUUCAGAGGAAAACAUCGAAGAAAUCACCCCUGCUCAAGUUGUGCUGGCCUGGCUGGUGCAGCAUGGGGUUUCCAUCGUCCCACGAACGUCACGCCUCAGUCGAUUGCAAGAAAAUUCAGCACUAGCUCUUUCAUCUGUCCCGGCACUUUCAGAUUCACAAGUAGAACUUGUGGCUCAUUCAGUGGAAGCCUUUUUGAGUGGAGAUGAUCUGGAAGAAGAUAUCCACGUCAAAGUGACGUUUCACGCCACAACAAAAGACACCUUUUUGUACUGGAAUCGACAUGAUGGUGGGGAAGUCAGGGUUGCAUUCAUCAAACAGGGAGAAAGCUUCAAUGAGAUGACAUACCCAAAUCAUAGUUUCAGACUGUAUGAUGCUCGAAACAAGGACCACUUUAUAGAAUACAGGGUUGCUGCCAAAUUUGGAGAGCACGAACAUGUGCAUGCCGAGCUGUAA